CCUAUGCCUAUUGCAGCAUAACUCAGGGUCACCUGAUCCAGAUAUAAAGUGGUAGUUAUCCAUAGAAAUCUAAAUCGUUUCCUGCACCAGGCUGUAAAUAUGCUUUUCAGUGUUGUAAGGUUGAGCAUUUUAAAAUGGGAGUCUAGUUGGACUGACUCAUUUUGGAGUCUCAAGUGUUCAUUAGCAAAAAUGCAGUUUUUGGCACUUCUGCUUUGACCUCUCUGCGUGCUUACAGUUCAGUUCACUCAGAUUCAAAUAAACCAAGUUAUCGUCAUACUUGACUCUAUGAUAUAGUAUUAUAUAAUAUAACUGUUUGUGCUUUUUUUACAUGACCAAGAAAAGCAGUCAUGUCUUUGUUUGACCACUUAAUGUUUUAGAAAGCAAAACAGUUCAAACAGAUAAGUGUACCAAUGUAAACCAGACUUUUGUGGCCCAUGGCCUUACCCUUUGGUAAUGAUUUCUUGUUAUCAUCAAUCAUUUUUUAGCUAUUUCCCAGAACAGGCUGAAUGUGUUAGCUCAAUGUGAUGUUUCCACAUUUGUUGCCAAUGUCACUGACUCUGUCGCUCUUUCUGCUAGUAGCUGCAGCGCUGUUUACUGUCCAUCACCUAUGGCUCACACACUUAAAAGCAUCUGUUUACUCUUGCAAAAAGCUUUUUUCACUAAUGUCACGUUCGAGAUAAAAUACUGGUAGCUAAGUUGACUGAGCUCACGCACAGCACUGCUAAAAGACAUGUGGAGUCCUUCCUUAUUGGUUUGAUAGUCAUCAGCCAGACAACGGGGCUGGUAUGCUCCUUUCCUCUGCAGCCUUUAAUUUCUGAAAAUGUUCAAAGAGCUAUAAAGAACUUUACGUGUCCUGUGUGCAUAUCGUGAUGAAAUUUGCUCAACACUGAGCUGGCUUAUCAAGUUAGUCAUUACUAAUCAACACAGAAAAGGUCUUUUAGUUACCUUUAUAAUAGUAACUGUAAUAUUUAGUUGAAGUGGCUGUGGCUUUUGUAGACUGGCUUCUAAGUGGAGUUAAAAGCUGUUAAAACUGUUGUUUUACAAAGACAAACAGUGAGCCCAAAUGUAGGUUACAACACGGCAGAAAAAAGGCAUUCCUGUCUUUUAGCAAAGCUGCUGGGCUCUGCUCUGUGAUUGGAGCAGUCGCUUCAAGCUCCAAGCAUGUCAGGAAAUGGUUAGAACGCAGUGGCUACAUCAAAAAUGAACUGGGUAGGUCAAGUUUAUUAUGAUCUACCAGCAUGCAUUGACUUUUUGACUUCCAGGUGAAUAAUUGCAAAGCAUUAUUACUGUUAUAGAUAUUAUAUAUGGCAGUAGAUAUUUACUAUCAGCUGACAGUGACUCAGGGUUCAGAAUGUUUUUACAUCCUCUCAUCUAGGCAAAGUGGAUUAAAUGCUAAAAAAACACCUUAAUGUGUCUUAUCACUAAAUUUCACUUGAAGUAUCAAAAUUAAAAAUACUUAGUCUGUGAGAAAAUGUUAUUGCUAUAUGAUUCAAGACGCUGUUUGUGAGUCUGGAGUUAUGUGACCUGAUUUCCCUGAGACAGGAGGAUCUAGUGAUGGUCUCCAGAGGUGGCAGCCAAUGAUUUUCUGGGCAGUGUUAAUUACUCUUUGUACAGCCCUCCUGUUGUCACUCGUGACCCUGCCUACCACAACACCCAGCCAGUAGGAGAGGACGCUCUCCACUGAGGAACAAUAGAAGGCCAGAAGCAGUUGGGACGGGGGCGCCGAGUCUAACUGAUUGUUACCGGUUGGCGAGGAAAUCUUUGAUCCAGGACCAGGUGGCAUGUGAAGGUGGUCCAGUCUUUUGCUGAGGAUGUCUGGGAUUAUUUUGUUGAAUGCUGAGCUGUAGUCCAUGAAGAGCAUCCUUACGUUGCGCUCUGUAAAGGGUGAUGGUGAUGGCAUCCUCCUUGGACCGAUUUGCUCUUUAAGGAAACUGGUAGGGGUCGAGGGAGGAGGGCAGACAGUGUCUGAUGUGCUGAGGCACUAUCUGUUUGAGACACUUCACGACUACAGAUGUGAGGGAGAGAUAAAGGAUGAUAGAGUGAAAACCGUAAAUCCCAUCCACGACCACAAGUGCAUCCACACUGCAUAUGCACAUGAAGACACAGCAAAGUCAUUUGGAAGUUUUGAUGCUUUACGAGAAACAAAGAUUUGUCGUUUAACUUUCAAAAUAGUAUUUCUCAACAAAAGAUAGUGCUGCACCUCAUUUGUCUGUCGAUGACAGGAGAAGGACUGCUGAGUUAUCACACUGUAAACUUCUUUGGAAGUAAAUCUUUCUCACUGCAGACAUUUGGGCUUGUUACAGCAGGAGAAACACAGGUGCAGCUUGUAAGAUUAUCGAUGGAUUUAAAUAUUCCAGUAAAACAUGCCAGCCGACAUACCAGUGCAUCGUCAGGGAAACACCUGAAUGCAAGUUGUAAUUAAUGGGGUUAGCUACACAUUGUGUUUAUUAAGUCAGCAUGGGAUAGUUCAAUUGUGGAAAUGUUUUUUAAACUUCUUUUCAAAAUCUUUGCAUGUAAGGUCAAAAGUAGCAUCACUAACUGGUGAUACUUUCAAAGUGUUGUUGAGUUGAGAGUGAGCUUGUUCAUUGUUCCGUCUGAGCAACUAUAGGAAGUACAAAACCAAAACUAACUAUUUCACUGCAUGCUAAACUGUGAGAAGAAAUAUUCCUUGUAUUUAUGUUAGGUUGUCUUGUGAAAAUGUUGUUUAGUGAUUGCUGCAGAAAUUAGUCCUAAAACCACAAAAUAAAUUGGCCCUUUUUUUAAUUCCAGCAUUCCUUGUCCCAGAAUCAAGGUUUGUUGAAUGGGUUUUGAUUUAGAGGCUUUAAAUAAUAUGGUCUGUAGUUAAGACAAGCUUUACAUAUUUUGUUCUAUAGGAACAAAAGCAAAAACUCUGCUUAAUAUGUUUAUACAGAAAUGGAAAAAAUAUCAAAUGACCACCUAUCAUCCUUGUUCUGUAGCUCCAUACAAGAUCUUGCCCCUUAUGAAGUGGACAGUUAUGAUAAAGGUGGUGAAUUGGCACUAAACUACAUGGGAGGAGUUGUUAAUAAUAGGAAGACAGUUGGAACUGUAGUCACCAUAAACAUCAUUAAUAACAGGCUACAUCAUAAUAGGUUGAAAUCUUAAAGCACCUGCAAAAUCCCACUCCUCAAGAACGCACAUGUACAAGAGCAUCCUGAGUUUGUCAGUGAACAUCUAAAGGAUUCUGGGGCUGGGAGAAGGUGCUAUAGAUAGAUAAAUACUAAAUCAAGGUCUUUGGCAUCAACUCAACCCACUGUGUUUGGAGGAAGAGAUAAUAUGACCCAAAGAACAUCAUCCAAAUAUGUCAAGCAUGGAAUUGGAAAUAUUAUGCUUUGGGGAUGUUUUUCUGCUAGGUGUAAAGGACGACUUCACCACAGUGAGGGGCCAAUGAAAGCGGCCUUUUCUCAGCCAGAAAACCGAAGAUGUGUCGUGUAUGAUCUUCCAGACCCAAAUGACCCAAAACAUACCCUGAUGAUGACGUUGGAGUAGCCUAACCUGUCUCUAACCUUAAGGAUCACUUCUUACCUAAAAACUUUAAGCGAAUGCGUAUAUUUGAACCUGUAUAUAUACUUCUGACACUGUGUAGAUAGGAGAAAAUUCAACAUAAAUUCAAACCGGUGCAUCCAGUCAUUGCAUGUCUAAUGCUGGAAAAAGAACAGUACAAACAAAUGAUGAAGUGUACAUCACAUCUUUUGUACUAGAUUACUGCUGUGUAUUGGCUAGGCAUGAUAAAGUUAGCAGCUUAUCAUAGGCUUGUCUUAUGUGUCUUUGGGUUUAGAAAAAACAGCAACAUUUUUCAGUAUUCAGUAUUACUUUCAGCAGAGUUCAACAUCUGGAGAGAUGCAAAGUUUCAUGGAGCUUUCAGUGACUGUGACCGGUAUAUGGACUAAAACCACAGCGGCCUUUGAGUGCAACAAAAAAGUGCCACCUAGCUGAACCUCAAAUUUCAACAAAGCUAAAGGAAAAAGCCAUCCCAGUUAUUAACGAGUAAUCUUUGGUGAGGCAGUGGAAAAUCACCACAGCAGUGAGUGUAUGCUGUACCACUAAAGACGGUGCAAUUUAACUAACCAUCUUUAGGAUUGCAGGCACUGCAGAAGCAAGGGUAGAAUAGCUAUUUAUUGUAUGCAUUAUAUUCUCUGCCAAUCUGGGAAGUAUAUACUAAUGUUUUUCUGCUGAAUCUUUCAAUGGCAUGCAGAUAAAAUCAAACAAGUCUGAGAGCUUUUAUCUGUGUCACUGGUGCAUGUUGCAGAUAAUGUGUUUUGUCUGUGUCUGUCGUUGAGUUCAGAGAGAGAGGGAGUGUUAUGGGUUCAGGUGGUGCUUCUCUGUUCUGCCAGUGCCUCUGGGAGCCUGAUGUUUCCUCCAGAGUUUGUCAGUAGUGAAAAUAAAGAGCUCCUUUGUAUCUAAUUUGAGGAGUGAAAGACAAUCCAUGUGUCUUUGAGGGUGCACAUGUUUUCGCAUUUACUGUAGCUUUGGCAUCCUCUCACAAUGAAGCUAUUAUAUGUAAACUCCUCCUACUGAUGAAGAUGCAGGUGGACAGGCCAGCCAGCUGGACAUCACCCACUGAGGUCUUUCCUUUGACGUAAAGGUUGCACGAAUAUGUCCACGCAAGCUGCUGCAGAAUCAAAGAGACCGCUUUGUCUGUCGCCGAUGAUGAAGCCGCCUCUCCCUCUGUAGUAUGCUGUAAUUCAAAGCAGUUGGCCUAAAGAGAAAGCAGCCAUGCAGCCUUGAUUUCUUACAGCAAAUGGUUUUAUUUAGGGUUGUAAAACAGUUUACACUCAGUCACAAUCUGAGGGUUAUCACAAUCUGUGAAGAUAAAGCUCAUUUUGUUUUUUUGUUUGGUCUGUAGCAGAUGUUUUGCUGAAGGUGUUAGAUCAGAUUGGGCCACAGCGGUGAUGAGAGUCUCGUAUCCAGAUUACGCUAUUCAAGCUUUCUAUUGUCCUCUCCCUUAUAGCUACGUAUGCUGGUCUUGUGUAUAAUAUGGGAGCAAAGCAUAGAAUUAAUCUUAGUUUAAACUGAUAAUACAAUCACAAUACCAUAUUUUGUUUGUAGACUGAUAACUACUGGAAAAACUUUUUUUUUCUUGUUUUUCACCCCUAAAAACACGAGCUGUGUGUACUAAGAGUCAUCGUAUUGCUAAGAGGUGUUUCUCAGACAAAUGUUCUGACAAAUGAGCACCUGUGGUGAACAAGUCUUACUUCAUACUUAGUACCAAUAAUUUCGUCUAUAUCUUUACCUAUAAAAAAAAUAGUUGCGACCAUGUCUGUGGAAGCUGUCAGCAACAAAAACUUUACAUCUGGAGUCUGUAGGUGGCCAUCUGGUGGCAUUUAAAACAACAAAGCAUGCAGAUUCCUGCACCAUUGCUGUGAUCUGAAUUAUGCUAGUGUGUGCGAACAGUAUAGAUGCAGGGAAGGCCUCCCAGUUGUUCAGCUGGGGGGGUCUCACAGGAUAUCACUGCCCACACUGCUGACCAUCCCCUCUGACACAAGCAUGGAGACAUCUGCACUGAGGCCACAUCUGAUUGCAAUUUAUAGACAAUUAUUAUGGUUUCAGAUUGAAGAGGGGAAAAAGAAAACCCUAAGCACAAGCAAUUAUGGAGAUCAAACCCUGCAACCAUUCUCAGCAACAACGGCCUAAUUCUGUUGUUUCCAGCUCACUGCUUCAAGACUAGAGACAUCUUUGUGGGUUCAUUUAGAAUCAGUGUCUAAAUUCUUCCUGCUACACAUAAGUGGCCAGAAUUACCCAUGUAGCCUGGCUCAGACUUCUUAACACUCUUGGUGCACGAUGUGUUUUUUACAAUUGUAUUAGAGCCACAAUGUUUACUUUGAGGGUGGUUUGAGGCUCUGGAAAAGAGGAAUUUAACAAGAAACAUAUUUGAGUGGGGAACUGUCAGUGAGAGAAAAAGAGGCUGUGCAUGCAUAAGGGGGUGUGGACAGUAAAGUGCCGGAGGGGAUCGACAGUGAAGGUAUGUGUGUGUGUGUGUGUGUGUUUGUGUGUGUGCGCACGUGCGUGUCUCAGUGUGUGGGACACUCAGUCAGUCAUUCAGUUGGGCUGCUGCUGCCUCACGAUGGCUGUUCUCUCUGCAGAGGCGCUCCGCUGGCACGCUCGCAUCGAAGAGCUGGAGGAGGAGCUGGAAGCAGAGCGGACCAUGAGAGCCAAGGUGGAGAAGCAGAGAGCUGAUCUCACCAGAGAACUGGAUGAUCUCACAGAUCGCCUUGAAGAAGCAGGAGGAGUCACCGCCUCACAGAUGGAGGUGAAUAAGAAGCGAGAUGCAGAGCUGCAGCGCCUGAGACGAGACUUGGAGGAGUCCUCUGCCCAGUCUGAAGCUCAGGCUGUGUCUCUGAGGAAGCGGCACAGCGACGCCGUCACAGAGCUCACAGAGCAGUGUGAAGCUCUGCAGAGGACCAGAGCCAAACUGGAUAAGGAGAAGCAGAACCUGAGGAUGGAGGUGGAUGACCUAGCUGCUUCACUGGACAGUUUACAGAAGGCCAAGGCAUCCUCUGACAGCCAGAUGAAGAAGCUGGAGGAGCAGCUGUCUGAGGCCAACAGGAGAGGAGACGACCUGCAGAGGACGCUCACUGAGAUCAGUGUGGCCAAGAACAGACUCACAGCUGAUAAUGCCGACGUGAGUCGACAGAUGGAGGAGGCAGAGACCAGAGUGAGCCAGCUGACCCGAUCCAAGACUCUCCUCCAGUCACAAGUGGAGGAGCUGAAGAAACAGCUUGAUGAGGAGGUCAAGUGUAAGCAGGGGGUCAGCAGCACUCUGAGCUCAGUGCGGCAGGACUGUGAGGUGCUGAGGGAGCAGCUGGAGGAGGAGCAGGAGAGCAAGCAGGAGAUGCAGCGCCUCGUCUCCAAACUCAACAGUGAGGUGACGCACUGGAGGACCAAACACGAGGCCGACACCAUCCAGCAUGCAGACGAGCUAGAGGAGACCAAGAAGAAGCUGGCAAGCAGGCUUCAGGAGGCUGAGGAGGCCGUGGAGGCCACCCAGGCAAAAUUUUCCUCACUGGAGAAAACCAAGCAGAGGCUGCAGGGAGAGGUGGAAGAGCUCUGUAUGGACCUGGAGGAGGCCAGCAGCUGUGGGCAGGCUCUGGAUAAGAAGCAGAGGGUCCUGGAAAAGCAGCUUGGAGACUGGAAAGAGAAGUGUGAGGAGCUGGUUGCCGAGGUAGAGGGCUGCCAGAAGGAGAGCAGGCAACACGCCAGCGAGCUCUUCAAACUCAAGACGGCUCAUGAAGAGACUCUGGAGCAGCUAGAGGCUCUGCGCAGGGAGAACAAGGCCUACCAGGAGGAGGUAGCAGACCUGACAGAGCAGCUGUCCGAUGGAGGCAAGAGCGUGCAUGAGCUCCAGAAAGCAAAAAAGAAAAUUGAGAUGGAGAAAGAAGAGCUCCAGGCCUCGCUGGAGGAAUCUGAGGCCGCACUGGAGGCUGAGGAGACCAAAGUGCUGAGGCUGCAGCUCGAGUUGUCUCAGGCGAAAGCAGACCUGGAGCGCCGACUACAGGAGAAGGAGGAAGAGGCGGAGGCUGCGAGAAAAAGCCACCAGAGGGCGUUAGAAUCCCUGCAGGCCAGUCUGGAUGUAGGGGUGAAAGGGAAGUCGGAGGCACUGAAACUGAAGAAGAAACUGGAGGCUGACAUCAAUGAGCUGGAACUGCAGGUGGACCUGCUCACCAAGAGCAACACAGAGCUCAGCAAGAACAGCAAGAAGAUGCAGCAACAGAUCAAGGAGCUGCAGGCUCAGCUGGAGGAGGAAGUGAGGAGCCACGAGGAGUGCAGGGAGGAGCAGGUGGCCAUGGAGCGACGCUGCUUUCUGCUGGUCAGCGAGGGUGAGGGGACCCACGCGGCCCUGGAGAGCGCCGAGAGGGCCCGAAAGGCUCUGGAGAUAGAACUGCAAGAGUCCGGGGAGAAAUACAGCGAUCUCAACAACCAGUUCCAGUCGGCUCUCAGCGGGAGGAGGAAGCUGGAGGUGGAUCUCCAGACUGUGCAGCAGGAGCACGAGGAGCUCCAGGCCGAGAUGAGAGGAUGCACAGACAAAGCUAAGAAGGCCACCUGUGAGCUUGCACGAGUUGGGGAGGAGCUGCGUCUAGAGCAGGAGCACACGCUCCACCUGGAGAGAGUGAAGAAAGGACUGGAAGCCCAGAUCAAAGAGAUGAGCAGCAGACUGGAGGAAGCUGAGCAGAUGGCUCUGAAAGGAGGAAAGAAGAUCAUCCAGAAGCUGGAGGGAAAGGUGAAGGAGCUGGAGCUGGAGCUGGAGUCUGAACAAAAGCGGCACGCUGAGACAGUGAAGACGCUGCGGAAGAACGAGCGUCGGCUGAAGGAACUGCUGUUCCAGUCGGAGGAGGACCAGAAGAACCAGCAGAGGAUGCAGGAGCUGGUGGAGAGGCUGCAAAACAAGAUGAAGGCCUACAAGAGACAAGUAGAGGAGGCCGAGGAACAAGCUAACAUGAACCUGGCAAAGUACAGGAAGACCGUGCACGAGCUGGAUGAUGCCGAAGAGAGGGCGGACAUUGCUGAAUCAGCGCUCACCAAGAUUAGGACCAAGAACAGAGGAAGCUUCGGCAAGGGAUACUCCUCCGGUUACAGCACUCCGUACCCAGGCCGAGUCCGGUCACCCAGUUCAGUGGGCUCGGAAGGCGGAGGAGAUCCUCAACGAUGACGAGGAGUCAGUCAGCUCCCUCAUCCCAGCCUAUCUCAACUCCCUCAAGAAGCUCAUGAUUGAUUAGGAGCAUGGCUUCAAUUUCACCAUCAUCCCCCAGAAGUGAAGCAUGGUACAGUAUGAAGUUUGAAACAUCCAAAAGGUUCCAUGGGUGGAACCUGACUUUUUUUUGUGUAUGCUGUACAUUCCUGUUGCGUUUUCUACAAUGUACUUGUGGCUUCCUCUCUGAGUGAAAGCUCAUAGCCCUGACACAUUCCAGCUUUAUAUCCCCUUUUUAUCCAUUUAUACUGUAACAUUUGUAUGUAAAAACUAAUAAAUGUAUUUCUAAGUGUUCCAGAUUUCCAAAUAUCUAAAGAACAAUCCUCAGGCUGAUUCUCAGUCUGGAACACACCAUUUUAUAUGAGAUAUUGUAUUUGUUUAAUACAUAAAAAGCCAGACAAGACAAAGCAUCAAUAGUUACAAAAUAAAGCUGGCACCCAGAAACUGCAGUUCCUCUAAUGGCCACACGAGGCUGUUCAAAAAGCAAGUCAAUCCACUACAGACUUCCAAAUCAAAAUGUGCAACUUUACUGUACUGACAUAUAUACGGGGUGGCUGAGGCUAUUCCAGACAUUUGUGCUUUAGCAGAUAUCCUUCUCUUUCUGUAAACAUGCAGAGUUUAUGGAUGCAGCUUGCUAAUCAAGCCUGCUAGCAUUAGUAUUUACACUUCCUGAUUUCUUAGAUUUUCAAAUAUUUGUCACACACUCAUGUUUCAGAUCAAACACACGUGGACAAAAGUAACUGAAGUAAACAGAAAAUACAGUUUUUACAUGAUGAUUUCAUUUAUUAAGGAAAAAAGUAAACAAAAGCACCGGGGGCUAUGUGAAAAAGUAACUGCCCCUCAAACAUAGUAACUGGUUUGAGGGGCAGUUACUUGGGAUGGAGCGUUUUUCAUACAUUUCCAGGAAGGAUGUUGUUCCUCUUAGUAAAUAAGCUCAUUAUUUAAAAUCUGCAUUUUGUAUUUAUUCCGGCUCUCUUUUUCCGAUGUGAUCAUCAGGAAACUACUGUUUGUAGUCAAGAUUUCCUUCAUUUAAGCAAAUCCGUGACAACCUUUAAGAUAAAUAAGGUUCAAAUUGGCUGCAGUAUUUAUUAAACCAUACAUGCGAGAGGCUAAAGGGAAGUUUUUGAGUCCGUAUAUAAGUGGUGACUUAAAUACAAAACACUUUUUUUCAUGAUUAACUUUUGCCUUAUAAAUGACUUCAGUCACUAUCAUAAAGUGUUGCUGGGGUGCUGUCAGCACAUGGAGUAGUUUAGGCCAUUAAUGUCAGUGUAUUUUCAGAUUUCAAAUGCAUCUGUCUGAACUUUUCACUGACUAAACCUGUCACAAGACCUGACCAAAUAUGCUGUUGAAUGUGAAUUUUUUUUAAGGAAAUAAAAGACCUUUUUUCCCCCCCAUUAA